AUGCAAAAUUAUAGAAAAAGCAAUUUUAAAAACCUAACUUUAGUAGUUAUCUUAAUAAUAGCUUAAAUUUAGGCAUAAGACUUCAAUUAUAUAAAUAAAGGCUCUGAUUGGACUGGCACUUGUUUAUCAGGUAGUCUUUAAUCCCCUAUUGAUAUUUCAGAUGUUUAAGGAUCAUGCGAUAAUACAAUGAAUUUGACAAUGUAACUCUCAAAUUAGAAUUUAAGUACUCAGAUAUUAAAGUCUUAAGUUUUGAGCAGUACAGCUCCUGCUAAUUAAUAUUGGAGUUACUUGUAUGCCAGUAAUUUGGAUGGUGUUAUUAGUGGUUAUUAAUCUAACUAUUUUAGUAUUCACUCUCCUGCAGAGAAUUACUUAAAUGGAAGUUAAGCUGAUGUUGAAUUACAAAUAUUGCAUACUAUAAAUCCAAAUUUCGCCUAGACAGCUCCAAGCUCAAGUACUGAACCUAUCACAUAAUAUGCAAUUGUUUCAAUUAUGUUUUCUGUUAGUGAUUCAUCUACAAGUACAUUUUUUUCAUCAUAUGAUCCUACUAAGGCUAGUGCUUAAGCAGCUAGUGCUCCAUAAAUAAGUUUAAAUAUGACUUAAGCUUUAAGUUCUCUGGACUUAACAUCCUCUUAUUAUCUAUAUUAAGGAUCUCUCACAAUACCUCCCUGCACAGAAAGUGUAAAUUGGUAUGUCUAUUCAGCAGUGUAGCCUAUAACUUCAGCUCAACUUUCAAAUAUUAGUAUUUUCUUUAAGGGAGAUUUAUAAUUUGCUAAAGGAGCUGGAAACAACAGGCCUUUGUAAUCUGUUAAUGGAAGAACCAUUAAAAAAGGAAAUAUAUAAUGCGAAGAAUAAUUUAUUCACUUUUUUAGUUUCUUCGUCAUUUAUACUUUUCUUAAUUUCUUUGUAUGCAAAAUGUUAUGA